ACUUCCGGGAGAGAAUGGGCGGGUAGAGAAUUCCGUGCGUUUGGCGGGUUUUGCUGUGUUCCUAAAUACUUGCUCCUCCUGCAGCCGAGGGAGCCGGACACGUGAGGACGUAGUGACGCCGCCACUGGCUGAACAGGCUUUUUCGGGCACCCCGAUGGCCGUGUCUGUGGAUUUUAAAACUUAUGUAGACCAGGCGUGUAGAGCUGCUGAGGAAUUUGUCAAUAUUUACUAUGAGACAAUGGACAAAAGAAGACGGGCACUAACCAGGCUGUAUUUGGACAAGGCCACUUUAGUAUGGAAUGGAAAUGUUGUUACAGGGCUGGACGCCCUGACCAAUUUUUUUGAGAUGUUGCCUUCUAGUGAGUUCCAGGUCAAUAUGUUAGAUUGCCAACCAGUUCAUGAGCAAGCCACUCAGGCCCAGACUACAGUUCUUGUCGUGACCAGUGGAACUGUGAAGUUUGAUGGAAACAAACAACACUUCUUCAACCAGAACUUCCUGCUGACUGCUCAGUCUUCUCCUAACAACACUGUCUGGAAGAUCGCAAGUGAUUGCUUCCGUUUUCAAGAUUGGGCUAAUAGUUAAGGCGGCAAAAGUCCAUUCUCCUUUGGUCCAUUAGUUCCAGCAACAGAAAUUUAUGUGAAUUAAUUCAUUUCAUUGUGGAAGCACUAUAAACUAUUAUGUGCUGAAACUAAAUUUCUUUAAUAUGUUUUUAAAAUUCUGGCAGCACCUUUUCUAGCAGCUGCUGGUUUGAAUCGUUGCCCUUAAGAGCUUUAAUGCUAAUUUUUUACAUGCCUUAUAUACAUUUCACUAAUGAAAUUAUUAUAGUAAUAUUAAACACAUGAUUUCUAUACUAACAUACUCACUGUGAGCCCAGCCUAUUGCAAAAAUGAAAUCCUUUUAUAAUACUCUUUAUGGGACAUCAGCACAACAUAACUCUCUGGGAGGAAGUGAAGCAUUUUUUUCUUAUUAGGUUAAUUUUGUAGUAGAAUACAUACCUAUUUUCAGUAAACACUAGUAAUGUAGUUUUAAUGUAAGGUUUUUUCAAAUCAGUUCAAUGAAAACAUUACUAAUUUAGGUUUGCAUAACUACUCUGACCUAUUAGAAUUGCAUGUAGAGAUGUUCAGUAGUCUUUUUUCAUAUUAAGUAAUGUUUUUUAUGUUGGCAUGUUUUCUUAUGAAGUGAAGUAAUCUACUAGAGAGGGAUGAAAUGUUCUCAGUUGAUACCUGAGUGUUGGAUACACUCAGUGGCUUAAAAGCAAAACUUUUUAAAAAGCUUUUUCUUGGCAGCUCCGGGUCUAUAACUUUAGGUAAUGAAUGGUAGUAGGACUAAUAGCUCUAAUGGGAGAAUAAGGAGUGAGAAAUGUAGAGAUCCAAGGUUGGCCAAAAGUUGAGGGAUGGCCAAAUGGGUAAUUUUUGGUACUUUUCUACCUCCUAAAAAUGUAGCCUAUUUUUAGGAUUUAAGUCAUUAAGGUACUAAGCAUUCUUGCCAAAUGGUCAUGAGUGUCACUUUCGUUCUAAGAAUGAUUUUUAAAGGUUUUUCCAGUUCACCUCAUGUUUACCACCAAUAUAUGUCUCAAUUUAUUCCAGAACUUAGGGGGUAAAAUGUCAGCAAUAAGCCUGACCCUGCAGUAGGGUCUGACCGGAAAGUUGGGAACAAAGCCAUUGCUCUCUCUUUGGGACACCCUUAACUUGGAAGUCUUCCGUGUGAACUUCAGGCCAAAAGUCUCUUAUGUAUUACCGCCCCCCCACCCCCCGUAAGUGAUUUGUUGAUUUGUUUCCUGUGUUUUACACUAUCCACUGCGUGAUCUUUUCGUUACUUAUUUAAAGUAAAAAUUAUUUAAUUUUAUGAUUUGGUCUUCCAUAUGGCAUUGAGCAAAUAGGUCUGUUUUAAAACAUGUUCUUGUUAUGUGGCUAACUCUGUCUUUUUAAAUUAAAAAUAGAGAACAGCAGAUCUUCAUAAGCCCCAAACUUCAGAAGAACAAAUUAAUUCAUUUCAUGUCUCAACGUCUAAAGAGAAAUCUAGCUUCAGUUUUUAGUUACACUGUAAAUGUUUUUCCGUUCUUGUUUCCAUUCAUGUUUUUAAGGUAGGUGUGCCGGCUUUGUUUCUAUAUCGCAACUCAAAGUUAAUGUUUCUUAUCACUUAAUUUGAAAACCAGUAAUUCAUUUACUCUUGCACCAAACUACACAUUAUAUUUCUGAUAUAUUAACAAAAUAGAAUUAAAUAGGAGAAGGAGGUGGAACUGAAAUUUAGACCACACCUUCUUGUAGUACCGAUCAAAACUUACACGUUAUGUUCUAUUAGGAGUGAGCUUAUUCUAAUUUUGGAUUGGCUUUUUAAAACCACAGUUUUCACAGCAACCGAGCGUUCAAACACUGCCCUUUCCCCUAUGGAGAACAGUCUCGAGUAAAAGCUGCAUAUAAUUAGCAAUAAAUGAAUCGAGUGGUUGUAUACUAUUCCUGAAUUGUAUGUUUUAAGACUUGUAUGUGAAUUGCUUUUUCCAAACUGUAUAACUUUUAAAUGGCUGGAACUACUCUUAUAUGGACUAGACUAUUUUUGACAUGGACAUAUUUUUGUAACUUGAAAAAAUAAAAUAAAAUUUGCCUUGUGACAAGUUUUCUCAAGCUUGUUUUAAGGUCUUUUGGUUUUUUUAAGGCUCUAGAACAGGUAGUGGUUUCUUUACAAUAUAAGGUUUUUCAAGUUAAAAAAAGAAUAUUUAAAACAGUCGUUGAGAACUUGGACUUUGUCUUUUCACUAACCCACUUUUGUUGUUCCUCUUUUCCUACCAAAUAUUCACAUGUCUGAGAUCGCCUGUUUGGGGUAGCAGUGAAGUUUCUGGUGAGACGUUGGAAAUUUUAUCCUUGAGAAACUAGCCAAAGUGCUAUAUUCAGUAGGCAGUGAAACCAAGAGACAGUUGAUUUCCAGAAAGAAUGGUCCCUUUAACUUUAAUUCUACAUUAAAAAUAUGUCAACAGACACUUGGAGAGGAGUGAGAAGAGGCAACAGCUGUUGAAAUGAACUACUGUAUUUCAUCUCUUGAACGACACAGUUUUCAUAAUUUAAUAUCACUGAAAUUGGUAUGGAUCAUAAAUUGAUGCCAAAUCAUAGUUUAAUUGGCUUUUUUUUUCUUUUCCCAGUGGUACAUCAUAAAAUACUGCUGAGUCUCACAAUCAAUGGCAUCUUAGAUUGAUGAAAUACAGUAAUGAAUUUUGCGUAGAUAAAAAUGGUUAGGAGUUCCUUAGGUCUAAAUUUGUAGGCAUUACUGGAAGUAAAAGGCUCUAAAGGAGGCU